CUCAAGCGAAAUUUUUGACAGUGUAUCAAAGGUGUAUUAAAGCUUCUCUGCUCUCCAGCGCGUGCAUUCAAUUGUUUCCGAUAAUUGAGAAAUCUGAGAAUAUGUUCCUUCAGUUUCCAUCAACUGGCAAUGCCACUUUUUUUUUUACCCCUUUUUGUAAUGAGUUAUCUGUUCUUGAAGUACAGAAACAAAAGGAGUCUGUGCUUUGUCAUUUAAUGUGCUGACUUCCCAGAAUAUUUUGAGUGAUACGUAGACUUUUUAUCUAAGUUCAGGUGGCAUUUUUAAAAUCAAAUAUUCUUAGUUUGUAAAAGAUACUGAUACAAUGACUAGACCAUUUACUGUGCUGAAUGUUUCCAUUGUCCCAUCAUCUUAUGAGCCAAACUCAAUGACAACAACAGCACUACCUUCUGUACAUACCUCUCCAGAACAAGAAAUUCAAAGUUACAGAUACUCACUUUUACUAGUUGCAAUAAUGGCAGUUCUCCUUGUGGCAUUUACUUUGGUGAUACUGCUUAUAAGAAAAAGAAGAUUCGACCAAUACAGACACCAUCUCAUACCACUCUAUGAUUUGGAUGACCAGGACUGGCAUGUGGAACUACCACAUGAAAAGAAUUACUGCAAACCAUUGGAAUUUCCUGCCCAUGCAACCACAAGAUUCAGUCCAUGAAGAUAGAUUCGCUCAUCUAUGGCAUUGUAAUUUUUGGUUUGUCAAUUAACUUUUGAUGUUAUUGGAGUAGGUAUUAAAAGAGAGGCAAGAUAAAUUAUUUUCCAACUGACAUUUAUAAGAUAAAAUGAGAUACAUUUUGGAUGACUGCAAUGAAAAAUGAGACUUUAAUCAAGAUGAAUUUCAGGAACACAAUGAGAUGAUAGGCAUGAAUGAAGAUGAAAGAAAAUUCCACAUCAGGUUCUUCUAAUUUAAGUAUUUCAAAAUCUCUGUAUAGAUUGCUUUGGCCACUUGAAAACAACAAUACUAGUGUUAAUUGCAAAAAUUGUAAGACAAAUAAAAAAUAAUAACACGACCCAAAAAGUAACCCCCUUUGAGUU